AUGUUCAAAAACAAGGUAGUUAUUGUGACCGGAUCAAGCAGUGGGAUCGGCAGAGAGACGGCCAAGAUCUUCGCCAGAGAAGGGGCAAAUGUUGUGCUGCAUGGGCAGGAUGAAACUAGAUUAAAGGUAGGUUUAAAAACACCCCAAAGUUUGUGCCAAAAAUCACAAAUUCCAAAAAUAAUCCUGGAUUUGAUUAAUAUCAGUCUGUCGGUAAAAUAAUGCGGAUUCGUCUUGAAAUCGUCCAGCAUCGCCUUGGCACACGGCUCGAUUUUUUGGCGCGCUUCUGCGACGAGACGAGACAGUUUGCUCCGACAAAAAGUACACAUUAUUUUGCCGAUGGACUGAUAUAUUAUGUUCGACCGAAGAGCUAAGUCAAUUUCCCGUUCAAUUUGAACGGUUUUAAAAUUUGAGUUCUUACAGUGAGGGACGUGAUCCAGUGGCAAAAAAACGUAUAAUUUUGCAUCCGGGAAGUAUCAAAAAUGUGGCAAAAUGCUUCCCAUGUGAAAAAACUCCGAUUUAAGUUUUUUCACUUGGAGAGGGAAGGAUUUUGCCACAUUUUUGAUGCUUCCCAGAUGCAAAAUGGUGCGUUUUUUGCCACUCUAUCAGGUCCGUCACUGCAGAGAGAUAUUGCCAAUUCAAAAUUUAUUCUUUUAGGAAGCUGAGAAAGAGGUUCAAGCAAUCUCCAACGCAGGAAAGACGUUGUCGAUUAGAGGGCCAAUCCAAGAUGAGAAAACUUGGGAAAAAAUUGCAAACGAGACGAUAAAAAAGUUCGGGAGAAUCGAUGUUUUGGUGAAUAAUGCGGGCAGCAAAGACGAUGGUAAGGAUGCAAAUGGCCUGGAUUGCUUUACCUACUGCAUGGAGGUGAAUGUAAAGAGGUGAGUGCUAAGAUGUGAUGCCAAUUUGACAUCGUCCAGGACUGGGAAUUUCAUUUUGUACAAACUAAAUUUAAAAUGCGAUAGCCGUUUGGCGGACUACCAGCAGAAAAAUCUACAGUGGGGGACCUAAUCCAGUGGCAAAAAACGUACCAUUUUGCAUCCGGGAAGCAUCAAAAAUGUGGCAAAAUGCUUCCCUCUCCAAGUGGAAAACAUUGUUUUGAAGGAAAUCGGAUUUUUCUUCACUUGGAGAGGGAAGCAUUUCGCCACAUUUUUGAUACUUCCCGGAUGCAAAAUGGUACGUUUUUUGCCACUGGAUCAGGUCCUCAACUAUAUUUGCCCUAAAAAAGCAAAGUGUAAACCAUUCAAAUCUUAUAUUUAAAUUAUUUUAGUGUGAUUGGUCUCUCGCGAGCUUGUCUUCCCCAUCUAAAAGAGACCAAGGGCAAUAUUAUCAACGUCUCCUCUGCGCUUGAAGACAAAAUCAACCCGUUCGCACCAAUGUAUGCCAUCAGUAAGGCCGCGCUGAAGCAUUACACUCAUCACGCCGCGUUUGAGUAUGCACCAUUCGGUAUCAGAGUCAACAACGUGUCGCCCGGCCUCACCGACACCUACUUCCACCAACGGCACAUGAGUAGCAAGCCGGCUCAAAUCCAGGCCGUAACGAAUGUGAUCCCGUUGAAAAGAAUGGGAAAACCAGAAGAAGUUGGGGAAAUGAUUGCGUUCGUUGCCAGCGAUAAGUGCAGCUACGCGACUGGGGAGUGUUUCGGAGUCAACGGUGGAAUAAAAAUCAAGCCUUGA